AUGGUAGCGUUAGUGGUUGUGUUGAACACUUUCGCGAUGGCAAUCGAGUAUCAGUUGACUGAGGAGCACGGGCGACGAUACGGUAGUGUGUUAGCUCUCGCAGAUUUAUGCUGUUUGGCGUUUUUCACGAUGGAGUUGGUAUUGCGGUGUAUAGGCUUUGGCGUUGGAUUCGUCUUUCGCAGUCCCCAUUACUACAUUGACAUUGUGGUUGUGUGCAGUGGUCUGAUCUUCGACGUGGUGCUUCCUGUAUCAACGGGCACUUUUUUGCAGACCGCCGGUGCCGGGGAGAGAGAGAACGACGGCUUACUCAAUUUGGUCCGGGCGCUGCGAGUCCUGCGCGGGAUGCGCGUUCUGAGGUUGCUGACAAUCUUUGAGGACCUGUGGCGGGUGGUGCAGC